AUGGAGCUGUGCCGGCGGACCAUCUCGCCAAUCAGCUUGUCCAAGGCUGCAGAUCGUCGUGCACAGCAGUUCUUGUUGUGGCUGAUCUUUCCACCAAUGGACGGACCAAACGUGACAGAUUCUAGCAGGCUUAUUCGGCACAACCUGCUCAUGCAGCGCAAGCUCUCCGGCUUGUUGGAAUGGCGUUCAGAGGCAGGAGGGCACGCUCAUGGCGAGUCGACCGACAUGAUUCGACCUCUGUUGCUACGUAGGCAUGACUCAUUGUCCUUGCAGCUGCUCUUCGAGGAUGUCACUGUGAGCAAGCUGCAGACGGAGAUCGACCACGAGGCCGGUUUGGUGCAACAGCUUCGCGCACGCGAGUCGAGGAUGGGAGGCAGGCCUUCCACGACUUCGUCUUCUGUCCAGGCCGAGCUGGAAGACCUCCGGCUGCAGUGCGCUGAGCUGGAGCGCCAGCUGCAAAAAGACUCCGACUCUGCGCUGGCUGAGCAUGCCCGCUUCCGUGCCGAGCUGCGUGCAGAGACUGACGAGAUGCGCUUGCACGAGGACAAGAGCGCGGGCAACAUCCACGAAGUGCAGGCCUUGGAGAUGUCAUUGGCAGAAGCCUGGCGAGCCGUUCGGCAGGAAAGCCAGCAGGCACGUGACAUGCACGAGGAGAGCGGCGUCGAGCAGCUCCAGCAGCAGAUUCUGGCCGAGCAGCACCGAUGCCAGGAGUUAGAGAGUGCCUGUGAGAAGAUGUCAAUGGCAGCGAGUGAGGCAGAGGAAACAGCUUCACGGCUCCACAAGUUUGAGCAGGAGAUGGCACUGCAAUGCCAGACACUGAAAGAUGAGAAAGCAGAGCUCUCAGCGAGCAUGGCUGCAUCCAGCACUCCGGAAGGCAGUGCAGCGGAGACAGCGAGUCUUCGUGCAGAGAGGCUGGAGACGAACAUGAAGGUUCGAGAUCUGGAACAGGAGAACGAGAUGCUGAGCCGUGUGCAAGUGGAGGAGCAAAGCUUCCGCGAAGAAGCUGUGCAUCGGAAUUCAGAAGUGGAAGAAUGGCAAACUCGAUGCUCCGAACUGGAGGCUGGAGCGCAGAACGCAGGGAGCUUGCACGAGCAGCUGCAGCUGAAAGCCGAAGAGCUGACGUCCGCUCUGGCGGACCUCGACGCUGCCAAGAAGAGCCAGCUGAUGACUCAGGAGCUGGCAGAGUCGCUGGAGAAAUCCUACAAGGCUCUCAAGGUGGAGUACACAACCUGCCAGGAGGAGCUCUCCGAAGUGAGGCAGCGUGUGCAGGAGAAGGAAGAGAAAGAACAGAACACCGGGGAGAAGCGGGAGGAGGCAGAGAAGGCGGAAAGGCGAGCUCCCACCGCCCGGAUUUCGGGAGAGUCCAACUCCUUAGGGUCCACGGUGGCCGCGCUGCGGCGCGCCCGCGCCUCACUGGCAGGAGAGGCGCUGACUCCCCAGACAGCCCAGGCCCCUAAAGAACCUGCCAGUCCUUCGAGCCCUUCGAGCCCGCCGAAGGAUGUGAGCGCGGGCUUGAAGGCCUUGCAGCGCCUCAAGGCGGCUGCGGCUGGCAAGCCCAAGGCAGACGCGUCUGCGGAGUCGCCAUUGUCGCCUUCGGGUUCGAGAGCGGUCACCAGCCUCAUUGCGAAUCGGAGCAAGGCCAACAGCCUCUGGCUGAAAGCGGCUCAAGCGACCGCAGAUCCAGAUGCAAAGGAGUCCUGA